AUCAAUUUUAUAUAUCAAUAACUUAACUCCUAGCCCGCUAUCAAACGUGAUAGCAUAAUUCACCUCCAAACGAAUCUACGAUACCAAGGAGAUUGUAUUGACUUUAGGCUCUCAUGUUUUAUGAGAGUAAAGCUCACCAUUCAGAAAUCAAACAUCAAGAAAUGGCUUCUCCUCAUUCUACUAUUCAUGUUGUUCUGUUCCCUUUCAUGUCCAAAGGCCAUAUUAUUCCUAUCUUCGACCUUGCUCGCCUUCUACUCGAUCGCAAAAUUUCCAUCACCAUCUUUACCACUCAUGCAAAUCGCCCUUUUUUCUGCGAUUCCCUUUCGGACACCAACAUCAAUAUCAUCGAAAUCCCUUUUCCUCAAAACAUACAAGGUAUUCCUCCAGGAGUUGAAGGUACUGAUAAACUUCCAUCCAUGUCCCUUUUUUCUACCUUUGCCAGCGCCACCAAGUCCAUGAAAUCCCAUUUCGAAAAGGCCUUAGAAUCUCUUCCGCCAGUUACUUUUAUGAUCACUGAUGCCUUUCUUGGCUGGACUUUAGACUCUGCAAAUAAAUUUGGUAUCCCAAGACUCGUUUAUUUUGGAAUAAGCACUUUUGCCAUGUCCUUGUCGCGUUCCUCUAGUGUUCUUCUUCGGACAGAAUUGUCUGAUGAUGAUCUGUUUGAAGUUCCUGAUUUCCCGUGGAUUAAACUCACUAGGAAUGACUUUGAUUCACCCUUAAGAGACCGUGAACCCAAGGGCCCCCUUUUCGAGCUUCGUGUUGAGACAAGCAUUGCCACCUCUAAAAGCUAUGCUCUACUUGUUAACAGCUUUUACGAGCUUGAAUCUCUUUAUAUUAACUAUUUUAACAGUAAAUUUAGUCCAAAAGCAUUGUGUGUCGGACCAUUUUGUGCAGCAGUCGAGCCACAAAAAUCACAGUUGGAGAGGUUAGAGAAACCUUCCUACAUCAAAUGGCUUGACGAUAUGCUAGAACAGGGGAAAUCAGUUUUGUACGUGGCAUUUGGGACCCAAGCGGAAAUAUCUCCUGAACAAUAUAGGGAAAUUACAAAUGGGUUAGAGAAAUCGGAAGUGAACUUUUUGUGGGUAGUCAGGAAAAGUAUAGAUGAUGUCAAUGAGGGGUUCGAAAACAGAGUGAAAACCAGGGGACUAGUGGUGACAGAGUGGGUUGAUCAAAGAGAGAUCUUGAACCACGGGAGCGUUCAAGCUUUUCUAAGCCACUGUGGAUGGAAUUCAGUGAUAGAGAGCAUAUGUGCAAAGGUGCCAAUACUGGCAUGGCCAAUGAUGGCAGAGCAACACCUAAAUGCAAGAAUGGUGGUGGAGGAAAUCAAGAUUGGGCUAAGAGUUGAGACGUGUGAUGGAUCAGUGAGAGGGGUCGUCAAGUGUGAAGGUUUGGAAAAGCCGAUAAGGGAGUUGAUUUUAGGAGAGAAAGGUAAAGAGGCAAGGAAAAAAGUGGAGGAGAUUGGGGAAGCAGCCAUUAAUGCAGUCAAAGAAGGUGGAUCAUCAUGGAAAAUGUUAAAUGAGCUUAUUCAUGAAUUAACUGCAACAAGACAGGUCUAAAUUUGUGUUUUUCUUGUGGGAGUCGACUACCUUCUCUUUAGAAAUAAGUUUGAGUCUGUUGCUGCAUUUUGAUGUUUUCUUUUCUUCUUUUUUUUCUGUUCCAAUGAACUUGUUAAAAUCGUAUGAGGACCCUUUGGAUGUCUGAACAUUCAAAUGAACCACACCAAUAGUAUGAAACAAAUGAAUUCUCCACCUUAAACUUUGUAAUGCACGCACUACUAAGACGGGAGAAAAAGUAGAUGAUGAAUUUUGUAUCCCUUAGAGCAUCUCAUUCUUUUAAAUAUUUAAGUUGCAAACACACUAACAAUGCGAAGAAAAAACAAAGCGUUAACAAUUUUUAAGUGGUUAGUACUUAAAUAUUUAAUUUUUUGCAUUACCAAUUCAUUAUUAGUAUACAUAAUUGCGUGCAGUUGACUUUUAAAUGAUUUGAUUAUAUAAAAUUUGGACUGUAAAUGUAUAUAAGCUCAAACCUUUUAAACAUAUGAAUUCAAAAGAUUUUAUAACAGGGAAGCCAGAAACUCAGAAUAUAUAGAAUCUUUAAAAAAUGGGAAGUGCCUUCAUUUUUGUCUCAAACUCACCAAAGGUUCUUGGAUUCGAGAGAGGAUUCCUACUAUAUGCAAAGAACAAGGUAAUCAAAUUAGUAGAAUUAUCACAUCUCACCAAAAUAUCUUCCAAAAUUAUGGAGCAAAAUCCAGAUUAAGUAAUCAGAUUUUUUUAACCAAACAACAUUGCACAAAAGUUUAAUUUUUAAGCUGGGUGCAGUAUAGAAUUUUACUCAUAGUUUGGUAUGCCAUUUUAAUAAAUGCUACUCGAGUUCACCAACCCAUUAUUCUUUUUUCUCUUUUCCAUCAUGUACCUGCUAAUUCUGCUUUGUUAAUACUGUAUAUAACAAGACAAGGAGGAUUAGUGUCAGUUCAAUUGAGCACCCAAGUCCCACAAUGAUUUACCAUACUUUAACUACCAAACUAUGAUUUAGUUUCAAUCUCUGGGGCACAU